AUGUUCAAGCGGGAUUCCAGCUUUUGCGUGUUUUUUGGUUUGGAGAUCUCUGUUCGGGCAGCCUCCGUGUGUGCUAAGCUUGCACGCCCCGUGCACACCAUGUGCCCCACACAUGCCAUUCAACCCAUCCAUCCCAUGCAUGUAUGCCAUGCGUCCCAUGCAACCCUGCGUCCCCUGUCUCAUCCUGCCCCUCCCCCUGUCGCCACCUCUCCCUUUACCGGCCAGUCCGCGCAGCGGCGGCGGCUGCACAUCAUAGCCGUUGGAUUCUACGGCGGGUCACACUGGAUCAACAUCCUCAUGCGCCUCGCCGCCCACUUCUCCACGCCGCCACUCCUCCCCACCACUGCCAAUGACCUUCCGCCAAGUGGCGUCCCGGCGGGGGAAGCAGGGGCGGCACCGGGUGCAGCAGGUGACAACGCGAUCGGUGCUCAGGGCGAAGCAGGGGCGUUUGGAGCAGGUUUAUCUGAGGGAGGCGCAACCGCAGCAGGUGCGUCUGGUGGAGGCAGCAGCAGGUUUACCACCGCCGCUCCCUUCCCCACCUUCGCAUCACCGCUCGUGAAAGUCUCGGCCAUUGAUUUCGGGGUGGUAAAAGUGGAGGAAUUUCCGACAGGCCUGGUGCAUCUGGGGAAGGAGUACCUGGAGCAGGUGGCAUCUAUGCUGGACCUCCCUCUCACCUUCCACGGCAUAGAAACCACCCCCCAGGACUUCCACCCGUCACUAGUGGAGGUCGAACCAGGGGAGGAGAUUGUAGUGCUGGCCAGUUGGGGCCUCAUGGUCUUUCCAGACGACACAGUGCUUCGCUCCAACCCCCGCAACUCCAUCCUCAAGUGGAUCCGCGGGCUACGACCGUUGCUGCUCCUGCAGGUGGAGAACGACAUCGACGCCAACGGGCCCUUCUUCCUCUCUCGCUUCCACGCUUCAUUCAUGAACUUUGCCGCGUUAGUUGAGUCCUUCGACUGCUCCAUGCCGCACGCCGCCACGCCGCGCUUCGUCGCGGAAACCAUUCUCGCGCGGGAUUUUCUAAAUGGGGUGGCAUGCGAGGGCAUGAACCGGUAUGUGCGGUCGGAGCGGCUGGGCAUGUGGGUGCAUCGGAUGAGAGCCGUGGGGCUGGAUCUGGUGCCGAUAGGGCCAGACACAGUGGCUGCUGGGAGGGAGGCCACAGAGGGCAGGGACAAGAGGUUCCGGCUGGAAGUGCAUGCAGAAACCGGCGCCCUGCAGCUCAGCUGGCGUGGCGUGCCGUUGAUCUUUAUAGCCGCCUGGAAAUGA